AUGGCCGACGGGGAUGGCGCGGAGGGCGUGGAGGCGCCCGUGGACCUGUCCUCCGGGGAGUGGUCCGAUCCCAGCAACGACAGGCGCGUGGUGGCGACGGACAGCGAGGGCUUCCUCUGCCGCAUCACCCUCCGCGCCCGCCUGUCGCUCUCACCGGAAGAGACCUUCGCCGUCUUCACCAAUCCAGACAACUCUUCCAUCUUCCGCGACGUCUACGGCGUGCGCCACCGCCACCUGGUCUCCGACGACGGCCAGGGGGUCAAGGUCUUCGAGGUGGAGCAAAUCUCGGGAUUCAACUUCGUGGCGAUACCGAUCCGAUUUUCAACCCGCCUGUUCGUGGAGCAGGACGCCCGAGCUAUGAGGGUCAGCUUCCGCCUGGCCAGGCCGGGCAACAUGAAAGAGCUGAACGGCGUGUGGACGAUGCUGCCCGUGGAUAGCCCGGUGGGAGGCACAUUCGUGACGCUCGAGCAAGACGUUUUGCCGGCAUUCGUGCCCCCCCUCCUAGGCAGAUUUCUGAAAGGGAUCUCGGUGAAUGCCGCGCGGAGAAUGCUGGAGGACCUGGACGCGGUGGCCGCCCGCGUGCGCGGCGGCGAGCCCCUGGACGCCGUGCUCGGCCGAGAGGCAGAAUUGGAAGAAUCGAAUCAAAGCAAUGGGUUGGAAGAGUUGGAUCGGGGCAAUGGAUUGGCAUCGGAUGGGAAGCAGCGGACGGAGGGAGAGGGGUUGGGGCGAGUGAGCGCGAUCCGCACGAUUGAUCGGUGCCGAUUGCAUCGGGGGGCCCUGUCAAUGCGGGGGGAUCUGGUCCACCGGAUGCAACGGAUGGGCCCGAAUAGAGGAUGGGUGGUUCGGUGCGGGGCGGCAUGGGGCAAGGUUAGUUGCACUCCGAGAGGAAGGCAACUCUGCAGAGGGCGGCCCUUCCCAAGCAAAUGCGUGUGA